AUGAGAAAUCAUUUUUCAUUUCUGCUGUUUCUGCUCGUCAUUGGAUCGGCGCACAACAAGAAAACACAGUAUCGAACGGAACGGAUCAACUUCAUUUACGAAAAGGCAUUGCAGCAUGUUACUGAUCGACAAAAUUUAGCGAGGCUAGAGAAAGAGUUGUCCGGAUAUGAUGCGAUUUAUCUAGCUUCUAAAUCAAAUAGGCAGGGAACACAAGGAACUAAGGAAAUUGAUAAAAUCGAUGAUAAACUUGGCAAAAUUCUUGAGAAAUAUGGUUUGGAAAAAGCAGUUCUUGCGUUUAAAGAGAAGUACAAGCACAAAAACCUCUUCCAACAAACUGACGACAAUGAGCCACUUCCAAGUGGGAAAUUCACAGACCAAAAUCUUCAAAAACUUUGGUCUCAAGCACAAAAUGGUAAAUUCUCUCAAAAAGAAUUGAACGCAUUACAUGGAGAAUUAAAAGAAGUCGAACAGAAAAUGCGCGUUUACGAAGAUCAAUUGGAUGAUUUCAAGAAAGUUCCUCAUGAAAAUUCAAUUCAACACGACAUUGAAUCAAUUGGUGAUAAAACGAAAAAAUUGAAAGCAGCAAAUCGAGAAUUAAACGAUCAUCUUGAUGAAGUUCACCGAAAAGUUACAAGUGAAGAAUUUUCUCCAUUCAAUGAGCCACGUGUAAAACGACUUUGGAAGUUGGCUCAAGAAAAUGAAAAAUUGACGCCCCACGAGUUGAGUGUUCUGAAAGAUGAAUUAUCUCAUUUUGAAAGUCAGCUGAAGAAAAUCGAAUUCCAUAAGGAGGAAGUAUCUCGCCUUCAAGAAGAUGCAGAAGAACGUGGAAAGGAUAAAUCUCAAGUUUAUGAAAACUUGGAGCUAAGUAUCAAACAUGAAAAACUGAAUCGAAAAGCGCGGAAACUCGAAAAAUAUAUAGAAGAGAAAAUAAUUAUCCAUAGAGAACUCUAGAAACCCUUGUGAUUCUUCAUGCAAUCUAAUCAUGUCACCUAUCGUAUCAUAUCAUAAUGAGAGCUCAUUUCUACCUGCAUUUUUGGCCAUAAUAAUGAUAAUUACAGACGUCGUUUGAUUUUAUAAUUCUUCUAUUUUUCUCCAUUGUUCUUCUCUUGUCACGUGUAUAUUUUGUUCGUAAGCUACUUCAGAUUGUGAUAAUUUUGUACUUUCGGUCUUUUUUUGUAUUUCAAUUGUGAUAGAAUUCAUGGUGCUGUAUCUAAUUUUAUUGUGAUCAUCUGAAACCCUCCAGCACCCAACCCCGCCCCCAAGGUUAUACGUAUAAAAAUCUUGAAAAGUAUGUG